AUAGGCUACUGAUAUUAAAAAAAUCUCUAAUACACUAUUGCUUAUCUUAAGGCUUUUGGUGGCGAUUAAUCCAUAACGGUACCUAAACGAAUAUAGACGACAAAUAUUAUUUAUUUAAAUUUUUAUAAUACGCAUAACGUAAAAUUAUUUUAAACAAAUAUGGCCGAAGCGGGCAUUCGAAGAAAAACGCAAUUGUUACUUCAAACUAUUUCUCCCGUUUAUAACACUUAUGAUGAGUUAGUGAAAAAGAAAUUGAAGAGGGGGAAGUUUCCACAGACGAAAACAGGGAUUAUAAAAAUGGUUGGCAUGUCUCUCGAGUUCAGUAGCCUAGCUUCUUGGAUUGUGAUUACACCGCAGUGUAACAACUGGACAAUAGCUUACGUAUUCUUGGUCAGCGACAGUAUAGGAUUUCUUGGUCAAUUAAUACUAUUUUUACUAUUUUCUUUGGGAUUGACAAUUAAAAACCCUGGACGCUGGAUAUCUGCGGAUGUUGGUUUCAAUUUCUUCGUAUCGUUGUUAACGAUUAUAGACGCUAUUUUAACACUUAAAAUGUGUGUUAAUAAUAAGAGCCUAAUAUAUAGAUUGGCAGAGAUAUUAGGUAUAUGCGGUGCGGGAGUAGAGCUCUUAAGCUGUGUAGCUAUUUUGUUGAUGUACCGCUACGUAGAAGAUGAUGUUGAAGGAAGCACACAAACUCCCCCGAGAUCUUUGGCCAAUCAGAGAAAGUCUAUAUUCGCUUAGAAUGUUUCGAAAUUAUACAGGGUGGUCCGAACUGUAUUCCGGAAACUUCGGCA